AUGACUGACACAUCUACGCGACCCAAUGCUACGGUCUUCGUGGGAGGUCUAGACACCAAGUUCGUUACGGCUGCCACGUUAUCAGAGGCAUUCGUCCCGUUCGGCGAGAUAGUCGACAUUUCACUACCAAAGCCAGAAGCGCCGUCAUCUACAGAUCUGCACAGGGGCUUUGGGUACGUGGAAUAUGAAGAUGCCAUCGAUGCCAAGGAAGCUAUCGACAACAUGGAUCAGAGUGAAUUAUUCGGCAGGGUGAUCAAGGUCGCGAUGGCCAAGCCCGACAGGAAGGACACUGGUGGGCCAAGCGUGGCAAGUACGACCGCUGUGUGGGAACAGGAAGGCUAUUUGGCUCAAUAUGGCGAGCAGGAGCGAAUGGCGGAGCAGGUUCCUGAUGCGAAGCCGGAAGACCCCAUGCAGAUGUUGGAAGACCUCGAUGUUGCUGGACCCAAGCCAAAGUGA